GCGGUGUAGCGGAGCAGAGGCGUGACACGUACACGGCGAGGCGCGCGCAUUGGGUUGCGUGGGACAGGCACCGCAGGCGGAACGUCGCGCGAGGGCAGCAGAAGUCGUUAGAGUUUGUCGUAGGGAACCCCCGAGGGCAGCAGCUAGCGCAUGAGAGGACAGCCAGCGCUGCGGGAGGCAAUUUAGCCAGGCACAUUGCCACCACCGAGGGCCCGAGAUGAGCGCGCAAAUUGGUGCUGAGGACGCCGGCAUCCAUGUGUGCCCGCCUGUGACGCGUCGGUCGUGCGCUGGCGCAGUGCACGGCGGCUUCGUCGGUCGCGGUGGAGCCUGCGGGCAACGGCAGGCUAGGGCUGACGGUGGAGCACAGGGCGCUGCUAAUCUGGGCCUGGGCGUGUCUGUCUCCUUGUGCGGCCGCGGGCCAAUGAUGCCGGGCGAGGCGGCGUCGUUGCGGAUUAGCGGGCGUGCUGAAACCGGAGCAGCGACUCUCGAGCAUCGCAGCGCUCCUCCACCGCCGACAUCUCGCUCUCUCUCGCCCAAGCAACCCGCACCGCAGACCUCGCACCCCGCCCAAGAGCGCUGCGAGCGACCUCCUCUGGCCCUGCGCUGCCCGUACGAGCACACCCCGCUAGCGCCUCCCGCACCGCACCGCCUGUCGACACCUUGCGCGGCCCUGCCUCGUCUCCGGAGACACACCGCACCCGCACCGCGCACACUGCCACCCGCCGCCCAGCCCAGCCUGCCUGACCCGCCCUCGCAAGACGAGAGCCCGUCUUAAGCCGGCGCCCACGCUCCCUGCGCCAGCAACCGCGACCCUUAUGCCACAGUACGGAACCUACGGCUCGCCCUCGCUGAACAAGAUGGAAAACGGAUACGGCCACGGCGGGCGCUCCAGCUUCUCGCUCGGCCGCAUCUUCGGCGACCCGUUUGCCCUGGCCACCAUCUCCAUUGGCUCCGUCAGUAUUCCGGCGCCGUGCCGCUGAGCACUUUCACGGCACCG